AGGGACCUACACGUACAUCUCCCUGAUAUCAAAGUUGGAACUACGCAUGAAGACCCCUCGGAGAGACGCAUGCACAGCAAAGUGCUGCUGCUUUUCCCUGCACAAACAGAACAAACAGACACCCAUCAGCCAGAUGAUGAACUCCAUAGAACCCUGGUAAAGGAGACUGAGCCACGUGGUGAUUUGGAGCAUGCAGUGGGAAUAGACCAAAGAAAACAGGACCCUCUCUCUGACAGCAAGUGCAGGAUUAUAGAGAUGGACCUCGGACAUGUCAUGUGGUCUGAUGAUCUAGAAAAAGGAGAUCAACAUCCCCCUCUUGGUCCACUGCCCCCCCUGGUGGGCCGGAGGGGUCCAGGUAAACAGAGCUCCAUGGCGGUGUACAGACAGAACCUACAUGACCCUGUAGACACAACAGAAACACAAACAGGAAUCACUAGAGGUUGUCUCCCUCUGGAGCUCAGAGAAUGGCAGGGAGGCCAAGCAGUGGGCACCUUAAUAAUGGGUCCUGAUGGUGAAAUCAUAUGCUUGUCUCUCUGGGAUCCCGCAGUUGACACUGAGGACCACCCAAUAAUGGGUGAUGUCACACAAGGUCACGCUCUUAAGGUUGUGACUUCUGAGGGAGAUUUGAAACAGCCUUGGACAAUCCUUAUACAGGACCACGACACGGAUGAAGAGGAAGACACCACAAGUAAUACUGAAGAAACUACUUCAAACACAGAACAGCCUGACUCUAGUCAUGAGGAGUUUAGGGUCAAUAAAACUUCAGAGAAAAUGAACACCACAAAGAGGUGGCAUCCAUUUGGUUCCCACAAUAAAACAGUUCAGAAGAGGCAGGUGUUUAGUCAGCUCUCAUGAAGAAACUAAUGCAGAGGAGGAGGAGGAGCAGUCGGAGGAUGAGGAAGAGGUAGAAGAAGAGGAGGAGGAAGAAGAGGAGGAGGUGGAUGAGGAAGAGGAGGAUGAGGACGGGGAAAAUGGCUCUGAUAAUAAACCUGUUAAUAAUGCACAGGUGUUUAAGGUGAAAGCU